AUGAGAUUGUCCAUUUAUUUCCUGAGCCUGUUCUUCCUGCAGUCCACGGCCACAGCCCUGUGGUGCUACGACGGCCAGUACUCCUGUGAGGAAGCCUGCAGAGACCCGGGGCAAUGGGCUGCCCAGUUCCCCAGCUGUGAAGGUCUGCGUCAGUCUCCCAUCAACAUCGUCACCAGUAAAGCACACAGGAACUCUGCUCUGCCGCCGUUCAACUUCAUCGGACACAAUCAAGACAUCAACAUCAGCCUGAAGAACACUGGACACUCUGCUCAUUUCAGCCUGCCUCACUCUGUGCGCUUGUCCGGAGGCGCUUUGCCGGGAAAAUACAGAGCGGAAAACUUUCACUUCCACUGGGGCCGAGAGGGGAUCCCAGGGGCCGAACACACCAUCGACGGAGAGCGGCUGCCCAUGGAGAUGCACAUAGUCCAUGUGAAGGAGCCGUACGGGUCUCUGGCUGAAGCCGAGCACGACAUAGCUGGGAUCGCUCUGCUCUCUUUUCUCUUUGAGGAGUCGGCUGAUGACCAUCCACAUCUGGACACAGUGAUCGAGGCUUUGGGUCGUGUUAAAAACAACGGAAGCUCGACGCAGGUCAUAAACUUCAAGCUGAGCAACAUCGUCCCGUCAGCCUCAGACCUGCACAGUUACUAUAGAUACAUGGGCUCCAUGACGACGCCGGGCUGCGAACAAGCCGUGGCCUGGACCGUGUUCAAGAGGACUCUGCCCAUCAGCAGCCGACAGCUGAGCGCCAUAGUCUCCAAGUGCCUCUUCUGGAGCGGACAGCCCAUGAUGGACAUCUACAGACCCGUCCAACCACUAGAUGGCAGAGUCGUCUACAAAUCCAACUCAGGCUCUCUGCUGCCAAGUCUGCCUCUGCUGUACACUUUACAUAUUCUACUCCAUAUUUAG